AUGGCUAUUGAUUCAAUUCAAGCGCUCGAAGCAGAAAUAGAACGAUUAAAUCAAUCGAUACAAACCCGAAUCGUAGAAUACAAAGAAGACAAAUUAUCAGAUGAACAACAUACUGAAUUAGUUAAAGAUGGCGGGAUAUUAAUGAUUCAUAAAGUAGACCUGGAAUUAUUAUUAGCCGAGCGGAAUCGUCGUAUACCUGCUGCUGCUGAACAAAUUGGUGCAAAACAAGGUAUUUCAAGAACUGGAAUCACCUGUUUCAUUAAUAUUAAUGGGUUUCGUACAAUAACUGCAGAUGAAACAGAAUCAACGUAUUCCAGCAAUAUUAAGCUCGUUCCAUAUACACGUAGCUUAACAGAAGAUAAAAUGAAUUCUAUGAUCAAACGAGUAGAAAAAUUUGCUAGCCAAGAUAAAAGAUUAAAGAAUCGGCCAAUGCUAAAGAUCAGUUUAAAUCGUAAAUACAUAUAUCUAUUAAAAAAUUUAUUAAAUAAUGAAAAAAACAUUUCAAAUGAUAAUAAAAAAAUAAUUGAAAGUGUCGUUGAAAAACAAAUUCAACGGCUUGCAGCUAAUCAAGAUGCUGAAGUUGUUGAAUUAAUGGCACACAAGCAACAAAUAGAAGUAAUAGUAACACCAUUUAAUAUUCAGUUAUAUGAAGAAGGUGAUUCUGAUCUCAGCUGUAUAAAUUAA